AUCCAAACUCCUCAUCUAAAACUGGUCUCUUCUUCUCAGCUGAGGUCUGCCAUUAGUAACAAUGGUUUGAACCAAAAUUCUCCACCAUGUCCAUGUCCAUGUCCAUCUCCACCUUUCAUUCACAACCUCACUUCUCAUUCUUGUUUUCUCCAACCAAACAAGUUGGUCUAAAGCAAAGUCUAGUUUUGAAAACUAGGCAAAUUGGAAGACAGAAAGUUAAUUCAAUCUCAUCUCAUCAUCAUGCACUUCUGGUCCUCACUACUACAAAGAUUAAACAUCCUGAUAUCUCUGUCUUUCUGCUGACUGGUUCUGCACUUCUUUUGCUGUAUUGGGUUGCCAAUUUCUUAGUUCCUGGAAUAAUAGAAAAAGAUUUCCAAUCUGAUAAAGGAAAUGAAGUUACAAAUGAUGAGGAGACAAUAAGUCCUGAAAAUGGGAGCAGUACUGUUGAAAGAUCAUUAGGGACAAAACGUGGCUUUGGUGGAACCAAGAAAUAGCCACUUUUUCUCAUUAAGACUUUUUUUUUUUCAAAAUUCUUGAAAAUGUUACAUUAUUAUUAGAAUGAUUUGUUUUCAGUUAGUGAUGAAUUCAUAAUGAUAUAUAUCAUUUUGUCCUAAGUUUGAU